CCCUUGCACAGGCUGAUAUCAUUUCGUCAGCCUUAUAUGUUCCAUUGCCAGCCUCGUUCACGACAUCCGGUCUUCACUUGCUUCUGAUCUACUACAGACUAUGGCGUUCCAAAGUUUCAUGCCCUUCAAUUUCGUUCUCGAUCAGCCUGAUUUACCUCCUCCGAUACCCAAUCCCCAAGUUUUGUGGGAGAACAAGGCUACACUCACUCGACGCCGGGAUACAUACCCCUUCAUCGACCCCUACCGCUUCAAGAACAAUUUAAGGGAGAAGGUUGCCGUAGUGACACUUGCCCACCGCGGCAUUGGCAAAGCCACAGCAAUUGCAUUCGCCCAAGCUGGUGCCUCAGUUUGCUGUAUUGGUCCCACUGCCCAAUCCCUCGAGCCGGUUCUACGGGAAAUCAAAGAGAAAUUCAACACGCCAACCCUCGCCUUAACCGCCAACCUCGUGGAACCUAAUGCGCCCAGUCACGUUGUCAUAUUGGUCGAGAAGUAUCUCGGCCCUAUCGACUUCCUCAUCAACAUCUCAGGGGCUGCCUACUUCCGCUCCUUUACCCGCGAACAAAGCAUAAUGCAAGACUUCUGGCCCUCCAUCGAGCAAAGCUUGCGUGCCCCCAUCGCCCUUACGCAUGCCGUACUGCCGUCAAUGAUCGCCCGGAAAACAGGAACCAUCAUCUCUACCACCUCUUUACCUGCCAUUCUGCCCUUCCCAUUCGCAUCGUGCCAAGGUGUCGCUCAAACCGCGCUCCUAAAAUUCCACCAGCAUCUCGAUCUAGAAACCCGCUCGAAAGGCAUUUUCUCCUACGCGGUAAAUCCCGGCCCGAUACCGAGCUAUAUCCACGAUCCGGAUAAGAAGUUCAGCGAGGAUCCGCAUGGCGGUUCGAUAGAACCGGGCUGGCAGAUGCAGCUGGCGAACAAGGCGAGUGAGAUGGAGUGGGCGAGUGUCGGAUUGGCAAGUGGGACAUUCAUUGCUCUGUGCGCCGAACCGAGGGCGAGGUGCCUGAGUGGGCUGUAUGUUAAUGCUGAGCGUGAUUUGGGGGAGGUUAUUGGGGAGAUGGAGCAUGAUCGGUCGAGGGUGGAGAGGGAGAGGAUGUAUGUGUUGAAGGUUGACGAAUUCUGAAUUCCGAGGUACGAGGGUUAGCGAGAAUAGGAGGAUCUGGGUGCUUUAGGCGUUCAUGUUGGCGCUGUAGUUAGGGAUCGAGGGGCAAAUGAAGAGUAUGUACUUCCAGAGAAUACCCAAGGCCGAGGAAGAGAGGAGAUUGAGGUAUACUAGACCGCAGCGGUAAUCUCCAUUCAAGAAGAGGGGAUGUUUGUUCAAGAAUUCUCGAAAACUUUCUGUUGAGAUUUUAUUACACUCUACGAGUAGCCCUGAAAUCUGACAGUCUUAGCACUCAAACCUAUUACGAAGAUGCCGCUGCAUGUUGCUAUAUUGUGGGCGCGUCUUUCCUAUCAAACCCCGCUAAAAGACGAAUCAAAAAAGAGUUGGAAGUGGCCCAAACGAAGGGAGGAACACUAUUGAACUGGGAUCGAUUUAUCGGUGGAAAAUCGAUAUAUUGGAGAUUGACAAUCUGUAGAAUGACUAG